AAAUGAAACAUCGUCGGGCGUUCUAUCGCCAACUCAGUGGAUAUUACGCGAUAUCACGACCGACUAGCUCUUCGAAGAAGUCGCAGGAAGAUAGACGCCAGGAUGAACAGAAACAGCCGAAUAACCCCGAUUAUCCGCAGAAUGUCCUUCUUACCAACGGUCGAUUCCCGGUGUCGCUUGACCUGGCCAGACAGUUCACACUCUCAGGCUGUCGUGUCUACUGCGUUGACCCUAUGAAGUUCCAUAUUUGUUGGUUCUCCAGGAUGGUUACUGGAAGCAAAGUGGUGUCCGCCCCGCGCAAAGACCCUCUGGGAUAUGUGCAAGACGUAAAAGAGGCCGUCCAGAACUGGCAGAUAACGUAUAUUAUACCAAUACACGAGGAGGAGUUUUAUUUGGCCGCAUCAGGAGAUCCAGAAAUUCUGGAUAAACUCUACGCUCCGCCUUGGGAAGUUCUCUUACGGCUACACAGUAAAUUGGAUUAUGCGAAGAUGAUGCGCCAAUUUAGACUCGAUGUCCCCGAAUUCUACGUCUGCAAAAACAUGGAUGAAGUUUAUAGCCUUAACCCACAGAAAGAAUGGGCUGUAAAACCCGUCUUCGGCCGGGCAAACACAAAUGUUUAUCACCUGAAACCUGGCCAUCGAAUUCCCCCGAUCGGCAUCAGCGAAGACUGUCAGUAUAUUGCCCAGGAAUGGAUACACGGGAAUCGAUAUUGUUCCUACAGUCUUUUUGACCAUGGGACGCUGAAAGUGCAUGGAGUAUAUCCUGUAUUGGAAACAAUUGACGGUAGCUCCUGCGUUUACUUUCAACCCUGCCACCAUCUCAAAAUCAAUCAAUACGUUGAGCAACUCGCGGCCCACCUAUAUCCAUUACAUGGCCAAAUAGGUCUUGACUUUGUUCAGACUGAAGACAGACUGGUGACAAUUGACAGCAAUCCCCGGGCAACAAGUGGCAUUCAUCUCUGGUCUGGCACUGGAUCGCUCGCCCUGGCAUUCACGCACCGGUUGAAAGAGGAUGUCAUUAGACCGCCACAUGCAUCCUCUGGGGGUGCAAUACACCGUGAGGUAAUUCCCGGGAUGCUGAUGUGGGAACAUAAGAAUGUCACUGUAUCACGGUAUUUGAAGCACAUCUGGAGGCUUAUAAGUGCAAGAGACAUCAUUUGGAACUGGUCGGAUUUAAUGCCAUCCUUGGCCUCACCAUUCCUACUAACGUAUUACUAUGCCCUUUGCAGGCAAUGCAAUCUAACAUUGCCUAAUCUGUUCCAGUGGGACCUGAUAUGGGAGCCACCAAGCAAAGAAUCACUAGAUACGGCUGUGGCGAUGACUAUAGAGGAGGGAGCCGGUGCAUAA